AUGCACCUUAAUCGGGAUGCGUCUCUGCUACAAAGUCGGGCACCGACGGUGAAGGGUGUAAUGUGGGUGAUGGCAACUGUGUCCCUGAUCUUUGUUUUGAUGCGGCUAUAUGUGCGAUUCUACUUGCGCAGAGUGUUUGGCUGGGAUGACGGCAUUGCAAUCGCUGCAAUUGGCUGUUUGGUCGCAUACGCUGCAGUGUGCCACGUCGCUGCAGACCUGGGCUUAGGGCAACAUCUGGUGGUCGUGCAGGAGCACCCUGACAACCUUAUUCAAGUGGCGCUUCUUUGCAACAUCGGCGAAAGUUUGGCAAUCAUGGCGUGUACCCUUGCCUAUUCUGGUGCACAAGAUUUUGUUCUUGCUUUACUGCCCUGGACAAUUGUUUGGAGUCUACAGAUGAAGAAGAAAGAGAAGUUGGGCGUGGCAUUUGCCAUGAGCCUUGGGAUAUUUGCUGGAGCAGCUUCUAUAGUCAAAACAACUUAUUUGGUAGCCCUCUCCGCCAAAGCCGACUUCACAUGGGAGCUUGCUCCACUCCUGAUCUGGGCUGCGGUGGAAGAUGGCCUUGCAAUCACAGCCGCCUCUAUUCCUGCACUCAAACCUCUCCUCGUGCGAAUUUUCCCCAGCUCAACGCCAGAAAAUUAUAUUAUGAUAUCAUAUCCGUCUUCGCCGAAUCGCAAGAUUUUUGACAACUCUCAGGGUGGAACACAAACGGAUAUUGGACAUACGACUGUUCAUGACUCCAGCAGUCAAACUGAGAUACUCGGGCCUGUGUCCCCAAAGUCCGAAAGCAUUAACAUGACUACUGAAGUAUCUGUGACCUAUAAUCAUCCCUCAUGA